AGAUAACCUUCAUCGAACUAUUUAUUAGAGUUCAGAUAAUAUAAAUAAAUUUAUAAGAUUUAGUGAUGCGAAUUGUGAAUGAUUGAUUCAUCAUGAAGUUAAUUUUAAUGCAAAUAUUAUGUUACGUAGUUUUAGUCCAUUGCAACGUAUAUCCAGUACCAGAGGUCAAAACGACAUUGGGAAAAAUCCAUGGUUAUUUAAAAACAUCACACAAGGGAAAAAAAUUCGCCGCAUUUGAAGGCAUCCCUUAUGCUAAACCACCAGUGGGACAAUUGCGUUUUGAAGAAAGUAUACCGGCAGAACCUUGGCAUGGAAUUUGGAACGCUACAGUUUUGCACGAAUGUUUUCAAGUUGGAUUUCUUAAUCAUAUCUCUGGACAAGAAGAUUGUCUGUACGUAAACGUGUACGUACCACGACGUAAAAUUGAUCCUAGAGACAAUUUGGAUGUGAUAGUGCACACUCACGGAGGUGCAUUUAUGUAUGGAAGCCCUCAUAGCUAUACACUACCUGAUUUCCUGGUGGAUGUUGAUUUAAUAUUUGUUAGUUUGAACUACAGAUUAGGAGUUUUAGGAUUUUUAAGCACAGGAGAUGACGUUAUUCCCGGAAAUAAUGGUUUGAAAGACCAAGUUCUGGCCUUAAAAUGGAUAAAGGAGAAUAUCGAAUACUUCGGUGGCAACCCCAAUUCAAUUACCUUGACUGGUUUUUCUGCCGGCGGUGCUAGUUCCCACUACCACUAUCUGUCGCCCAAAUCACGGGGUCUCUUCCACCGUGGCAUUUCUCACAGUGGUUCUUCUCUGCAACCAUGGGCCCUCUCGAAGCAUCCAUUGAAACAGGCACAGAAACUUGCCCGUUUGGUAGGUUGUCCUGAAGAACCAUCGUCAGAAUUGAAGGCUUGCUUGAAGCAAAGAUCCGCCAAGGGAAUAGGUAGCAAGCUCAAAGAGUUUUGGUACUUGGGAAGUCCAAUAACACCAUUUGGUCCUGUUGUGGAGAAAGGUGACAAUUCGUUCCUACCCAAACAUCCCUACCAGAUUCUGCACAAUAAGGAAGUUAAUGAUAUACCUUGGAUAUUCUCUUCAACUUCCGAAGAUGGCUUAUAUCCGGGCUAUUUGUACGAAGAUUUGAUCCCUGAAGUUGAAGAUAAUUGGAUUAAGUAUGCUCCGUAUCUCCUGGAGUUUCAUGAAACAAAAGAAGAGGAACUUUGGGCAGAAACGUCUGAGAAAAUUAAAGAUUUUUAUUUCGGAAAUGGCAAUGAAAUCGAUGACUAUAACACAUUUAUAAAGAAAUUGACUGACAGAAUUUUUACGGUUGGUAUGGAAACAUCUGCCAAACUACAGGCAAGGGCUAGCUCUGCACCGGUAUACUAUUAUUUGUAUGCUUUUAAAGGAAACUAUACGUUUACUGACAAUUUCAGUCCAGAUAUGAAGAUGAAAGGUGUCUCCCAUGGAGAUGACAUUAUACACUUGUAUGGAAACGUUGUAGAAAACGCCUAUCCUUCUGAGCAGGAUGAAGAAAUGACUAAAUUGUUUUUAAAUAUGAUGCAAACAUUUGCACACACUAAUGUACCUCAGUUGGGAGGUAUAAAAUGGGAACCAACGAAAGCCAACGAAUUAACAUAUUUAAAAAUAUCAAGUCCGAGUGAUAUCAAAUUAGAGACAACAAAUCAAUUAUCUGCAAUCGACUUUUGGAAAUCACUAGAAUUGGAUGAAUUUUAUGAGGUGAUGGUUGAUGCUUAGUUUCAUUUCAAAUUUAGUAUUUAAUUUUUAUUCCAUUUAAUUAGUAUUAAUUUAAAAAAAUGGAUAAAAAUUGGUAAAUAUUUAUUCAUUUGUAUGAUUUGUAACUGUAUGUUCAAAUAAAAAUAACAAUUUGAAACAA